AUGAUUUUUUUCCACGAGCGCUGCGAUGCAAGAAUAACAAUGGCGGGUGUCCCAAUGGCGGGAAAAAUGAAAUAUGGCCGCCGCAGUGCCCGGUUUCCCUUAGCGCUGAUAAACCUGCGAUUAAUCCUCGUGUCCGGCAAAACAAAGGAGUUCGUGUUUAGUCCGGUGGACUCGGCCGGCGACAUAGCAGUUCACGUUUUCGACAAUUGGCCUGAAGCGGACUGGGCUACAGAGUGUGUCUCACGCGCUGAAAUCCUCCGGCUCAUAUACCAGGGGCGUUUCCUGCACAGCUCUGUGACGCUGGGCGCGCUCGGCCUGCCUCUAGGGCGCACGACAGUCAUGCACCUUGUCCCCCGUGAGCACUUGCCCGAGCCUAACUCACAUGAUCAACGACAAAAGAGUAAAGGCGGCUCCAGCAGUUGUUGUCCCGCAUCGUGCUGCAUAUUG